UCUGUUCCCAAGCCAAGAUCAGAAUUCAGAAGUUGAGAGCCCCCCAAAAAACAAAGGGACCCACGCGCAAAAUGCUCGCGCUCCUGCUCUCCCCGCCGGCGGCGCCUCCGCCGUGCCUCGCGACGCUACGGCGGCGGCCUCCCGCGCCCCGCGCCUCCUCCGCCCCCGGCCGCGCGGCGCCCGCCCUCCGCGCCGCGGCCGUCCGGCCCCGCCUCGCCGCCGCGGCGCCCGGCCCCGCCGAGCCGGAGCCCGCGCCGCUGUCCGCCGAGGAGGAGGCCGAGCGCGCCAAGCUCGCCCAGGUUAGCAAAAGGCUAGAGAAAACAGCGCGGAAUUUCAAGAAUUUGGGUACCCUGGCAUUCUGGUCUCAGUUGGUGUGCACGACCGUUUCGGCUGGGAUCUUGUCGUUCUCCGCAGUUGCUACCGGGAAUGCAACAUCUCCCUUUACAUUCUAUGCGACCGGAUUUGGCAUCAUUGCCGCCUUUAUGUCAGUGUUCCGGUCAUUUGGUUACAUCCGUCUUUCCAAAACGCUCAGGAGGACAGCAACCGAGCCUACAAAGGCCCCUCCGCGUGCGGCUGUGGUUAAAAACCUGAGGAACAGUAUUGUACUCAGCGUUGUCGGGAUGGGUGCUGCGGUCCUCGGGAUGCAGGCGACUGUUGGUGCUUUGGUAGCAAAAGCUCUCACUACCUCCUCGGUGCCCUACUACCAGGGGAUAUCUGCUGGCCAGAGCCCAGUUCUUGCUCUGGAUGUUUUUCUCGUUCAGGCUUCAGCCAAUACCAUCCUCUCGCAUUUUCUCGGGCUAUCGAGCUCGCUGGAGCUACUGCGGUCCGUGACAAUCUCUCCAGCGGAUGCCGGCCCCGUCCCUCGACCGGCAUGAGCUACAUACAAACACGGCAUGCGGCUCCUGUUUUUUUUCAACUUUUUUGGUUCCGCAACUGUAUUCUGGCAGCAGCUUUUUUUUUUCAUUCUUCCUUUUUGUGUGUAGAUCUUCUCGUUUGGUGACAAGUAUCAGUAUGUCCAGCUAGCUUGAUUUUGCUCAUGUGCAACUAUCUACAUAUACUUGAUGAAGAAAAAGAAAUCGGUGCUGUCGAA